AUGUCUGCCCCAAACAACCCCCAACGAAAAGACCACUGGACCUCGACAGCCUACAAUACCUGUGCCGGCUUCGUUCCCAAGCUCACCACUAAAGUCCUCUCCUACCUCGACCCCCAACCAACCGACACCAUCCUCGACAUAGGCUGCGGGGAUGGUUCCCUAACGUCCCAAAUCGCCGCCUCAGGCGCAAAAGUGCUUGGAGUCGAUGCCUCGAAAUCUUUUAUUGACACAGCGACGGAGAAGUACACUUCCUCGGAAAAUUGUACAUUCAUCCUCCACGACGCAGACGAAUUGCAAACCUGUCCCUCCGCAAUCGACGGAAACUGGGACAAAGCAUUCAGCAACGCUGCCAUGCAUUGGAUUCUGCUGCGGGAAAACACUAGGCAGACAUUCUUCGAGAAUGUGCAUCGUUCGUUGAGGAAAGACGGCAAGUUUGUCUUUGAAAUGGGCGGCGCGGGGAAUUGCGCUGAAAUCCAAGCUGUAUCUAUUGCGGCUCUUGUGCAUGCAGGUGUCUCUUUACACCGAGCAAGAGAGGAGUUUCCGUGGGUUUUCCCCAGUGCGGGGUGGAUGAGAGGUAUGCUUGAAAGGACGGGGUUUGAGGUUGAGAUUUGUGAGUUGGAGUAUCGGCCUAGUGUACUUGAUGAAGGGGCGUUGGAGGGGUGGAUUCGGUUGAUGUGUGCGGAUAUGUUGGAGGUUGUGGAGGGGGAGGAGAAGAGGGACGGGGUGGUGAGGGAGAUGUGUGAGGUGCUGGAGACGGUUAUGAGGAGGGUGGAGGACGGGAGUAUGUGGAUGGGGUAUGUGAUGUUGAGAGCUGUUGCAAGGAAGAUUUGA